GCUUUCGUUGCGUUUGUUAUUGUAAUCAUCGUAUUACCGAGCUCAUGACCUGGAACUUGAAAGCAGCACCAGACACCAAAGGUCCUUCCCGGGAUUUUCAGGCGUUCCGUUGCCAUGGUGCUGAGUUUUGUUUCCUGAGCGACAGCACGCUCAGAUCGUGGCACGUCUUAGAGGCACUUCCGGUGGCAACAGAAGCUGCCACUGAUUUGUAAAAGCAGCUUCCGCGAUUUGAGGCACAGCUGUUUGAAGGCAGCUAAGCUAGUAUACAGCUCAUUGAACAAGCUUUAGUUGCUCUCGCACAGUGUGGCCCCAAACACGUGUGAGAUCAAAGGCACCUGCCUUUAAACAGUGUGGCAACAUAGGCUGCCUUUACAUAUGCCAGAAUAACCUGCCACUGGGCAGUUUCUGUUGACACUGGAAGGGCCUCUACUAGCAUUGUCAGCUUGUCUCUACUGUGUAUCCUGGCUCCGGCUCAUACAAAGUGAAAGGUUAAAGAAUCUCUGUUCCUACAAUGAGUGGCAGGGUCGCAGAAGAUCGCCUGCAGGUCCUCCAGAUCUACAUCCUGCUGCAGCGUGUCCAUGAGGGCGAUACGGAGCAGAUAAAGAAGAUGGUGAACCUCGGGGUGGAAAACCUCAUCAAUCUCACUGAGCCACAGGAUGGCACGGGGGUGCUUCAUGUGGCAGUUUCAGCCAACAAUCAGGACCUGGUCAGUUUCCUCCUGUCUCUGGGAGCAGACCCCAACAUCCAGGACAAGAAGGGCCGCACUCCAGUCAUGUUAGCUGCUGAGCGGGGCAAUCACGCCAUAGUGGGGCUGUUAAUACAAAGCAACGCUGAUCUGAAGCUCCAAGAUGCUGAGAGCAGAGGUGUCCUGUUCUACUGUAUGUACCCCACAAAGCGCCACACUUACUGCCUGCAGAUGGCGCUGAAGUGCCAGGCAGACCCCAACAAUGUGUCAGCCCAGGGGAUUCACGUCUUCCAGCAGAUGUGCGAAAAAGCUCAGGAGUGCACCCCCAUGUGUCUCGCCAUGCUGGAUGGCGGGGCAGACCCCAAUGCAACAAACCAGAACACCGGUGUCACAGCAUUGAUGGAGGCAGCACAGGCAGGCUCGCUGCCGCUUGUGAAAGCCAUUCUCAAGAAAGGGGGAAACCCAAACACCAUGGACCUGAAUCGUUUCACAGCAGCGCACUACGCUGCAAAGGGGGCCUUUUUUGAGGUGAUUCAGGCGCUCUCUGCAUACUCAGCAGACAUGGGCGUGAUUAACAUGGACAACUGCACGGCCCUACACUACGCUGCUGCCACGGGCAACGCUAACUGCUGCAAGUUCCUGGCACAGAGAGGUUGUAACCCCAAGCUAAAAGACCAGGACGGUGUCCUGCCGCGUCAGAUUGCCAAAGACGCUGGCUCCAAAGCAGCGGCCAAGGAGCUGAGGAAAGCUGAGAAGCAACAGGGGAAAGGCAACAAGUCCAGCGAGGACAGCCUCAUGUCAGACCUCUGGGCCCUGAACCUCCAUGACUGGUCUCAUGAGAAUGAGACCGAGUUAUGUCAAGCCUUCGGGAGCAACUCAGAUACAGUUCCCACAAAGAGGUUUGUUUCUGUGUUAGAGGAACUCAAAGCUCCAGCUGAACCAGAGCAGCUCCAAAAAGUCAUUUCAGCACAUGACAAGGAAAAAGUGGGCAGUAUCAACAUUAGUGAUUUCAUCAAAGGUGUCAAGUACAUCAAGAAACCUUACCUCCACUCCUCCUAUUUGCCUAAAAAGAAAAAGGGGGGGAAGAAAGGAAAAGGGGGGAAGAAGAAGAAGGGUAAAUUGGUCAUCCCAAUGCCCAUUUGCACCCUCACAACGGAACUCAUGCCUCGGCAAGAGGAUGGAGGCCCACCUCCCUUCAUGAUUGAGACGUACCACAACUUGUCAGACAUCUGCAGAUUCGACCGGGAUCACCCACCAGAACAUCCCAUAGUGAACGACUCCGGAUGGUACAUGGAGAAGCCAGAGAAGACCUAUGUGAAUAUCAACAGUUCUGUGAAAAGUGUAGAUCUGGAGUCGUUGGACCUGGCUUUCAGUCAGGGGGUUCCUGUGGAUGUUCAAGAUCAAUAUUACAAAACUCCGCUGAGUGUGGCUUGCAUCACUGGCAACUAUGAGGUGGCUCAGUAUCUUCUCAGCCAGGGGGCAGAUGUCAACAUGGGUGACCAGUUCUCCUCGAUGCCCCUCCACCAAGCGGCUCAAGCUGGUCAAGUGGAACUUGUUGAGCUUUUGGUGGAGGCUGGGGCCGCCAUAGAUGCUCAAACGUUCAACGGAAGCACACCGCUCAUGAUGGCCAUCCAGGGCUCUCAACUCUCCACUGUGGACUUCCUCAUCAAGGCAGGUGCCAGUGUUACUGUGAAGAACAAGAAAGAAGAAAACUGCCUUGACAUUGCAGCAGCUUUUGGAGACUUCAGGAUAAUUGAGUUGGUCAAAGAAAAGAUGGAUUCUCUGCCUAUAUCAAAGGAGGCAGCGAAGGGAAAAGGUGGCAAAGCUCCAAAAGUUAAAUCUGCCAAAGAAAAGGGCCUUGCAGCAGAAGGUGCAGUGCACUCAGAGUCCUUGACUGCAACAGCAGGGAAGACGUCCCCGAAAGAUUCAGAGAGCGUCAUCCUGCAGAACGCCAGGAUCACUGCAGGGAAAACCAAUGCUAUGGAUAUCACCUUUGUGCCAAAAACGGUUUGGGGGAAGCCGCCCACCACCAGCCAGCUGAUGUCGAAGAUAGAGAGACGGAAGGAGAUCUUGGCCCUGGAGGUGGACUUUGACGACCUCAUGAUGCCGUUCACCAACAACAUCCAGAAGACGACGCUGGAGCACGUGAAAACCACGGAAUAGACAGGAAGUAGGUUAGAAAGAAGACACUCAGACAUUUUGGAAUCCCACUGUUACCUGAGCUAGUGGGCCACCUGCAACAGAUAAAGACAUUUAAACCUAUUUGGGAUUAAUCAUAUUUACAUUUCAGCUGCUUUAAUCAAAAUAGUUGGACGAUAUAUGUUACUGAACACCUCUUUUUAGUUCUUGUUGUAUCAGAAAUUGAUAUCAAACGUUAUUCAGCACAUGUAUAGUAUCAUUAGGCCACUGAAUCUUAGAUAGAAUCUGCUUUUAUUAAUGAUCAAAUGGCAAAGUCAUCAUCCCACUAAUAAAAUGUCAAUAAUCAGUUCACAAAUAUAACAUCUUAUAUACACACCAUCCAAUAGUGUAUAUCCACAAUGUUCAGUGUGGACUCAUGGACUCAUAAAUGUCAAACACUGUAAAAACUCAGCAGAUAUUUAUUUGUCAAAAUAGUGGAACACUUGAAGUGGGUAUAAAUAUUUGAAUGAAUACAGAGUAUGAGGUAACUGUACGUGCACUGCUUUCAGCCUGGUUCAAAUCCAGAACCAUUUUCCUGUCUCUGUAAGUUCAAUAUCCUCAUAGGGCAACUUAAGUAAGACAUUAAUCACAUUACACUUUAUCAAAUGACCCAAGCAGUUAAUAGGCUCGGUUAGACGAGCCUUUCUUUCUUUGCACAUUCUUUAUAUUAAUAUUGGAUUAACUCUCUCUGUAUACACAGCCAGGGACACUAUGAAACACUCUGCCUCCUUCAUGUUGUGGUAUUUGAUUUCACUACUGCUCAUCCUCCAUGUUGCUGGCACUGACUGAAAAUAAAACGUAUCA